UUCACUGCCAAUUGGAAAAAAGCAAAAUUCUCAAAAACGAAACUUUCUCGACAAUCUUCACACUACGAUCGUCUUCUCUUCGCACCAUCGUCACCAACACCACACAACCACCAAAACAAACAUAAAAAAAAAUCAUUCAAAAUGACCAAGGGCGAGGCCGUUACUACCAAGAUCCACUUCAAGGGCAAGCAGGAUGACUUUGUCAUCUUUGUUGACGAUGUCGACGAAUUCAAGAAGUGGCAGAGUGACAAGUCGGUUCCCAUGGCCAACUUCAUUUCAAGCUUCAAGAUCUUCGUAACACAAGCACAUGGCGCCACAGGUAGGCUAGAUGCUGCUUCGCAGUACAUGCUCGACAACGAGUUCGGCACCCACGUCGAUGAGGAUGUCAUCAAGCAGAUACUUGAAAAGGGCGACCUCAAGGAGUCCAAGUUCCCGGAGCGACAAGGACCCAAGAACGAUUCCAUGGGCUCUAUGGCUGCCCACUAAACUUGACACGACAAGCAGUUUAUGAUGGCUUCCGGAGUUUUAGGAUGGGAUGGGGCAGCAUUGUUCACAUGGUCGACGGGAUUGGUAAUGGCUAGCGUGCCGUGAAAUAAGCUUCAUGCGGACAUGCGAGGCAAUCGUCAAGGUUGUGGGUGGUCGUGAUAGAUGCCCAUGGAUAAGACGAUACAUUUACUAGCAAAGCAGCGGACCACUAGAAGUUAGGGGCCGUAAUAAUCUGCAUUGUGAAUAGGCCUCCAAGGUCAUGAUCCCAGAGCAAACUCCUUUGUCCCGAGAACAGAAAAUGUGAGACAGGAAUAGUGUUUUCAUUUCAGU